GUCACGCGGGACACGACAGCUGACGCGUCGGUCCCGGGGCGAGAAGAGGCUCUCGGAAGUGUCCGGCAACGCUAGGCUGCGCUACCCUCCGCCUCGGCGAAGGAGACGCGGAGGGGUGAAGCCGGGAAGAGCGGGCGGCCCGCGGGAGAGGCGGUCGUCCUAUAAAGACCUCGGCGCGGACCAGUUCUUCCUGGCAACAGUGCUUACUCGCCAUUUCGUCCGUCCCGAGCCGAGACAGGAGAGACGCACCGGCGAUUCCGCGGCGCCGCCAGCACCGCGCGCGCAGUUCAUCCCACGGCGAGAAAAUGAUGCGGCUCUCGCGAGCAGUCGCCGACGCAUGGAUCCUUCUCCUCGUCUUCGGCGUGUCCACCAUCUGCGCAGGCCAAAGAAAGGGCAAAACGGCCCUUCCUACCAUCCGGCCGAUCGGCACAGCACCCGCCAUAUCUGAAAUACCUAUCACAGAGUUCCGCUGCAGCAAUCAAGAGUUCCCCGGAUACUUUGCCGACGUAGAGACGGACUGCCAGGUCUACCACAACUGCCUAGCGGAUGGCCGUAACUCGAGCUUCCUCUGCGUCAACGGCACAAUAUUCAACCAGCGAAACUUCGUGUGCGAUUGGUGGUACAAGUUUGACUGCCGCAAGGCACCCAGCUUCUACCACCUCAACUUAGUCCGGAACAAGAAGAACGGCACCAAAGGUGCGUCUACCGAAGGAACCCUUCCUGUAGCCCCGAAAGCCUUGCCGCCACCACCGCCACCACCUCGGCAACCACCAAGCAGCACACGCUACCGAGAAAAAGAAGCACGAUCUAGGUCUUCUUUCUCUCUGACUUCACGUUACAGCAAGUCUUCCCCGAAGCCGCCAACACCGAAGGCGUCCUCGAAGACAUCAGCCAGAGCGUCUCCCAAAACCCACGAGCCUUUGAUACUGCUUCCAUUGCUUAGCAUCGGUGCGUCAUCCGACAGCAGGAAGACAAAACAGGAAACCACGACAGCGCCGACGCGAGAUCGUUCGUCGCGAAGCAGAGCCCGAGUCUUCGCCAAAAUAAGGGAUGGUCAGGAGCCGGAACCUCGACCGUCAAAAAGCAAGGCUCGGUCCAAAGCUGAAAAGGUGGAGAUUCCAGAACGCGUGAUGCCUACCUUUAGCGAAGGCACUGACCCCCAUAAAAAUGGCGGGAGCUUCCAGGAGUGGACCAGCAUUGGCCCUGUUUCAGGAAAGCCAUCGGUCACUAGGGUGCAGUUUCACACGUUUUCUGCGAAUCCACCCCGAUUCGACCCGCCGCUACCACAGCCUGAAUCCGUUAUCGAUCCGGCUAGCUGGCUUGACGAUGACUUCAAUCGGCAGCCAGAUGCCGGAAGGGAAGAGUUUCGAGGAGAAGUUGAAGACGCCAGAUCUCUAGAAGAGAUGGCACCCGAGGGUGGUUCGCCUACCGCGCGGCCCGAGCUGAGGCGCAACAAGUCACAGCCAGCUGCGGAUGAUGUCGUACGCCUGGCGAAGGCCGUGCCAGAGCCACGCACAAAAAAGGAGCGUGACAGUUGGCGCGGAAAGAAGGAAGCUUUUCCGGGGCUGCAUGACAAGAGGCGGCUUUUCUACAGGUUCCAACCCAGCGAGCCAUUCGGCGGCUACGGUGCUCUGUCAUUUUUCGGCCGAACCCGAGGUCCCAUGAAUGACCUCUCAAGGUUGCCUCGUCUCGUGACUGUCAAACUAAACAAGGUGGAAAAGAAAGAUGCAGAGCAUGCUUACAAGCCACUGCUGUUGUCGGUAAAAUUAGACCAGUCUUCGGAGGUGGACUCCAGACCGGCUAAAGGAGCGCCACCGGGCCUAUGCUUCUGCCCAUGCCACUAGUGCAUUUUUCACUGUGCUGCCAACGAAACGACACCUAGCCCCUACUAGUAGGGUACUCGAUCCACGCAAGAAGUCCACAUGGUCACAAUGCGUUUGAAUGCAGUUAGAACAGACGCAUGACUGCUUCUGGAAGACUUCAGAUAAGAUUGGUAAACAGGGAAUGAAAGGCACUCAGAAAUGCUACUGCAGAAUGCAAAGUAUAAGUGUGUUGCUUUCAGCGCCUGCUAGAACCGUGAUUUUAUGGACAAGCUCACGCAGAUGCAUAGGUCUGUUCCUGUGCUUCGUCGUACUGUUUUUGUUUUUUACUUUAUUGCUUUCCCGAGAAUGUUAUGUCAACAGUGUGUUCGACAGUUCUAGUUGUGCGGAUACGUAAUCGAAACUCGAACUACGCUGGAGCCCUUGCCUGAACUGUGCCAGAACUUAAAUCUCGUGGUGCUAAUUACUCCAAGAGUCGAUGUACUGUGCCUGAAGUAUUGUCACCAUAAUCGUUUAAAGGAUUUUGAAGACCUACUAUAUUUGGUCGCAGUACUUCCUUGGCAGGAAUCGCAAGUAGAACAGAAAGCAGCGUGCAAGAAAAUACUGCCGAAAUCUUCGUUACAGCAAACGUGGUAAUUUCAACAAUUAUUUUACUGAAAGUGAGUUACCGAAAACGGUAACUGCAUUGCUAGCUUGCCCCUCCAGUGAACUGCAUUUGGCAAAUCGCGAACCAUAAAUGCGACAUCAUCCCACGUGCCAAGAACGCAUCCCCUGCCGCGCACGCCACUUGCAAGAAGCUGUUGUCGAUCCACGUUCACACAGCUGAUUGUGAUCCGAUAGCUCCAAAUUCAGUUCCCACGUGUGGGCAAACGUCUGCAUGAUAGUACAAAUUUAAACUCGAAGAAGCUUUAGCAUUCAUAAUAUUCGGAGACCACCGAAAUUCUACUGCUUGAGCAGCUAACUAAUAUACGACGCAAAGGAGCAAGCGAGCCACUUAAUAAAUGUAGGACUCUCCCAAUCAUUGUGGCCAAAGCUGGAACGUUCAAACAGCACUGAAAGUUUACAACUAGCUUGUAGCAGUGAGUGCGACGCAGUGGAUGCGUUCUCGCGAACGGUGAAGCCGCACUAGCGGUGGGCGCCUGUGGUACCUUGGCGCCUUCAUCGCGUCGGCGCACCUGAGUGUACUUGUAUAUAAGAAAUAAACAGAUUCCCAUUGCUAUGAAA